CGCAUGCGUCGGGUGGACACAAGGGUCUGACUGAUCGGUGGCAGGUUGGAAACAGCAAAGGAUUUGUGUGCCGGAAUCUCAAACACAACAACACGUCAGUUCUGCUCUGCUUGACCAGACAUUUAAGGAGUGAGCAGACAUUUUCUUUGCAAUAGAAAACUUCCAUUGUCGAUCCUCGGAGAUGAAAAAGUGAUUUAUCUUAAUGUGAAGUUUUCCAUUUUAAUUCAGUGAAAGCCACUGGAACUGGGGUGCUGAGAUCACCCGGCAUUUGCUCACCAGAGAUCAGUUCUUCAUCUGCAAUGAUUGUGCAAGGAAUUCACUAUGUCUGUCAUCUGACUUGGUGAAACCUCCAGAGAACUGACAGCAGGCAGAUAUCAUUCGUCAGCUCUCUGAGGGAAAGGAUUCACUCACUCAGCCCACUCACCGACACACCGGUGAGUUUAGAUUGUGGAGAGGCGAUUCAGCUGCUCUGAGAGUGGGAGGGAUAUACGAAUUCAUCCUGGGCAAUGAGACACCAGCGAGUUCACUCUGAGGAGAGGCCGUUCACCUGCUCAGACUGUGGGAGGGCAUAUAUUCGUUUUUCCGAACUGCAGAGACACCAGCGAGUUCACACUGGGGAGAGACCGUACAUUUGCUCUGAAUGUGGGAAGGGAUUCACCCGGUCAUCCUACCUUCAGACACACAAGUUAGUUCACACUGGGGAGAGACCAUUCACCUGCUCUGAAUGUGGGAAGGGAUUCACUCAGGCAGCUCACCUACAGAGACAUCAGCGAGUUCACACUGGAGAGAGACCGUUCUCCUGCUCAGACUGUGGGAAGGCAUUUACCCACCCAUCUCACCUACAGGCACACCUGCGAGUUCACACUGGGGAGAGGCCAUUUAUCUGUUCUGUCUGUGGGAAGAGCUUCACUCGGUCAUCUGAUCUGCUGACACACGUGCGAUUUCACACUGGUGAGAGGCCGUACGUCUGCUCUGAUUGUGGGAAGGGAUUCACUCGGUCAUCUGAUCUGCUGACACACCAGCGAGUUCACACUGGGGAGAGACCAUUCACCUGCUCAGAUUGUGGGAAGGGAUUCACUCAGUCAUCUCAACUGAAGAUACAUCAGCGAGUUCACACUGGGGAGAGGCCAUUCACCUGCUUAGAGUGUGGGAAGGCAUUUACCCACCCAUCUCACCUGCAGAGACACCAGCGAGUUCACACUGGGGAGAGACCAUUUAUCUGUUCCGUUUGUGGAAAGAGAUUUACUCGAUCAUCAGAUCUGUUGACACACCAGCGAGUUCACACUGGGGAGAGGCCGUACAUCUGCACUGAAUGUGGGAAGGGUUUCACUCAGUCAUCCCACCUGCAGACACACCAGUCAGUUCACACUGGGGAGAGGCCAUUCACCUGCUCAGACUGUGGGAAGGGAUUUACUCAGUCAUCUCAACUGAAGGUACAUCAGAGAGUUCACACUGGGGAGAGGCCGUUCACCUGCUCAGAGUGUGGGAAACAAUUCACUCGGUCAUCUCACCUACAGACACAUCAGUCAGUUCACACUGGGGAGAGGCCAUUCAUUUGCUCUGAAUGUGGGAAGGGAUUCACUCGGUCGUCCCACCUACAGGCACACCAGUCAGUUCACACUGGGGAGAGGCCGUUCACCUGCUCAGUCUGUGGGAAGAGAUUCACUCGGUCAACAGACCUAAUGGCACACCAGUUAGUUCACACCUGGACAAUGCCGUUCACCUGCUCAGACUGUGGGAAGGGAUUUACUCACUCAUCUCAGCUGCAGACACACCAGCAAGUUCACACUGGGAAGAGCCCAUUCAUCUGCACUGAAUGUGGGAAGGGAUGCACUCAGCUCUCCCAUCUUGUGAAGCACUGGCGAGUCCAACCUGGAGAAAGUGUUUCGGUGAGCAGGAUGCUGGAUAAUGAACCAUCAUGGUUGCUGAAUUCAGAGGCGAUCAAAAGUGACUGUGUCAGACUAAACCCCCGAGCAUCAGAAUUGGCUGUGACAGUGAAUGGAAUUUGCAGGUGCCAGGAGUCCAAAGUUGUACCAAAAGGUGCCAAUGCACUCAAUGGGCAAAGAUCUCCGGAUGAUCGGCAGCGGAAAGCCCUGGGGAAUUUUCUGCUGCUAAGUAACAGUGCCUGCGCAGCUUCUGGGGCGCUUGUGUAUCACUGGGACAGUGACGUGCAGCUUCUGGGGCGCAUGUGUAUCACUGGGACAGUGACGUGCAGCUUCUGGGGCGCUUGUGUAUCACUGGGACAAACCGUGCGCGCACUGGUUUGUGACUGUGUGGGCUGUGCGUACACAGAACUGGCGCGCACUGAACCGUGCGUGCUGGUUUGUGACUGUGUGGGCUAUGUGUACACAGAACUGUGCGCGCAGCGGUUUGUGACUGUGUGGGCUCUGUAUACACAGAACCGUGCGCGCACUGGAACUGUGCGCGCCCUGGUCUGUAACUGUGUGGGCUCUGUGUACACAGAACCGUGCGUGCUGGUUUGUGACUGUGUGGGCUAUGUGUACACAGAACUGUGCGCGCAGCGAGCCAUGCGCGCACUGGUUUGUGACCGUGUGGGCUGUGCGUAUGAGAGCUGUGAGCGCACUGGAACUGUGCGCGCCCUGGUCUGUAACUGUGUGUGCUCUGUGUACACAGAACCGUGCGUGCUGGUUUGUGACUGUGUGGGCUAUGUGUACACAGAACUGUGCGCGCAGCGGUUUGUGACUGUGUGGGCUCUGUAUACACAGAACCGUGCGCGCACUGAACUGUGCGCCCACCGGUUUGUGACUGUGUGGGCUGUGUGUACACAGAACCGUGCGCGCAAUGGAACUCUGCGCGCACUUGUUUGUGAAUAUGUGGGCUCUGUGUACACAGAACCGUGCGUGCUGGUUUGUGACUGUGUGGGCUAUGUGUACACAGAACUGUGCGCCCACCGAACCGUGCGCGCACUGGUUGGUGACUUUGUGAGCUCUGAGUACACAGAACCAUGCGCGCACUGGUUUGUGACCGUGUGGGCUGUGCGUAUGAGAGCUGUGAGCGCACUGGUUUCUGACUGUGCGGAUCUGUGCGCACACUCGUUUGUGACUUUGUGGCUGUGUGUACAGAGAACUGUGCACGCACUGGUUUGUGACUGUGGGCUGCGUAUGCACAGACCUGUGCGCGCACUGGUUUGGGACAGUGUGGGCUAUGUGUACACAGAACUGUGCGCGCACUGCCCCCAGGUCUUCACUGACAGUCUUGAGGGUCCUUCUCGAGGUUUGCUACGCUUCCCUCUCGAGUUCCCCAGGUUUCUCGAGAUGUGCCUGGAUCUCAGGUUUUCAGGCGUCCCUGGGCCGUCAGUCUUCAUGAAGAGACUCGGCCGGAAACGUCGACUGCUUACUUUUUCCCCCCUGGCCUGCCGAGUUCCUGCAGCGGUUUCUGUGCUUUCCGUUGAAUGGCAUCUCGCUUACCCAAAUAUCUCUGCGCUUCAGAAAUCGCCGGUGGUGCCCUGCCUAUCAAACGCGCAGGCGCCAAGGGUUGCGGCUGGGCUCGGUGAAAUGCGCAUGCGCUCGGGGGACAAAAGACUGGUUGAUCGCCGGCAGGCUGGUAGGUCGGACUGGGGGUACGGGCGAGGGUUUCAUUAUCGGGGUGGCGUCGCACUCCGACUGGGCGGCAGUCGCUGCGAGCUGCGGCUACACCGCGGCUCCGCACCCCCCGGGUCAGUCCCGGCCCUUUGCUUCUCUCUCAGUCCCACGAUCCGCAUCCAGGCCCCGGGAACAGUUUCUGCUGAUGAGCGGAAGUGCUGCGCCAUUUCUGCAGCGCAUGCGCGUCGAUAUCAUUCACCUGCUCUCAGUGUGAGAAUGGAUUCACUCACUCAGCCCCCUGACAGUGAGUUCGCACUGGGUUACGGCCAUUCACCAUUUCUGUGUGUGGGAGGGGAUGUACUCAGUCAUCAGCCUGAAGAUACAUCAGCGAGUUCAGAGCAGAGCGAGACAGUUCACCAUUUCCAUAUGUGGGAAGAGAUUCACUCACUCAGCCACCUGCAGACACACCAGCAAGUUCAGAAGGAACAGAGGCCAUUCAUUUCUUCCAUGUCUGGGGAGGGAUUCACUAAUUCAUCUGGCAUGAUGAGGCACCAGCCAGUUUACUCCAAGGAGAGGCCAUUCAUCUGCUCCGACUGUGGCAAGUCAUAUAUUCGAUCAUCCGAACUGCGGAGACACCAGCGAGUUCACACUGGGGAGAGGCCGUACAUCUGCUCUGAAUGUGGGAAGGGAUUCACCCGAUCAUCCUACCUUCAGACACACCGGUCAGUUCACACUGGCGAGAGACCGUUCAUCUGCUCAGAAUGUGGGAAGUGUUUCACUCGGUCAUCGUACCUACAGACACACCAGUUAGUUCACACUGGGGAACGACCGUUCAUCUGCUCAGACUGUGGGAAGACGUUUACUUACCCAUCUCACCUACAGACACACCAGCGAGUUCACACUGGGGAGAGACCCUUUAUCUGUUCUGUCUGUGGGAAGAGCUUCACUCGGUCAUCGGAUCUGCUGACACACGUGCGAUUUCACACUGGUGAGAGGCCGUACGUCUGCUCUGAUUGUGGGAAGGGAUUCACUCGGUCAUCUGAUCUGCUGACACACCAGCGAGUUCACACUGGGGAGAAGCCGUUCACCUGCUCAGGCUGUGGGAAGGGAUUCACUCAGUCAUCUCAACUGAAGGUACAUCAGCGAGUUCACUCUGGGGAGAGGCCAUUCAUCUGCUCUGAGUGCGGGAAGGCAUUUACUCACCCAUCCCACCUGCAGAGACACCAGCGAAUUCACACUGGGGAGAGACCAUUUAUCUGUUCUGUUUGUGGGAAGGGAUUCACUCGGUCAUCUGAUCUGUUGACACACCAGCGAGUUCACACUGGGGAGAGGCCGUAUAUCUGCACUGAAUGUGGGAAGGGAUUCACUCAGUUAUCCCACCUGCAGACACACCAGUCAGUUCACACUGGGGAGAGGCCAUUCACCUGCUCAGACUGUGGGAAGGGAUUUACUCAGUCAUCUCAACUGAAGGUACAUCAGCGAAUUCACACCGGGGAGAGGCCAUUCAUCUGCUCUGAAUGUGGGAAAGGAUUCACUCGAUCAUCCCACCUACAGACACACCAGUCAGUUCACAGUGGGGAGACGCCAUUCAUCUGCUCUGAAUGUGGGAAGGGAUUCACUCAGUCCUCUCAACUGAAUGUACAUCAGCGAGUUCACACUGGGGAGAGGCCGUUCACCUGCUCUGUAUGUGGGAAAGGAUUCACUCGGUCAUCCCACCUGCAGACACAUCAGUCAGUUCACACUGGGGAGAGGCCAUUCAUUUGCUCUGAAUGUGGGAAGGGAUUCACUCGGUCAUCCCACCUACAGGCACACCAGUCAAUCCACACUGGGGAGAGGCCAUUCAUCUGCUCUGAGUGUGGGAAGGGAUUCACUCGGUCAUCUGACCUACUGGCACACCAGUCAGUUCACACUGGGGAGAUGCCAUUCACCUGCUCAGACUGUGGGAAAGGAUUCACUCAGUCAUCUCAACUGAAGGUACAUCAGCGAAUUCACACUGGGGAGAGGCCGUUCACCUGCUCAGAUUGUGGGAAGGGUUUCACUCAAUUAUCCCACCUUAUGAAGCACAGCCGAAUUCACACUAGGGAAAAAUUUAUUAAGAUGCAAGCUGAUAGUUAACCAUCACAGUUGCCAAACCUAGAGACAAGUUCAAAGGUGACUGCUGAGAUCAGGCUGUGUAAUGAUUGCUGCUGUUCAUCACACCCUGGUCACUGGGCCUGGGAGGAGUUUCUUCUGAUGUUCACCUCUAUUGCGAUUGGAGUUUAAUAUCCUGGUUCUGUUACAAAUAAAUGAGCUCUAUUUUAAACUUUGUCUCAGGUACUUAGUGAACCUACAACACACGCAGUGUACAGUUAUGAUCCAAUUCUGCCCAUGUUUCUGUUCCAUGACAGUCCUUUUAAAUGCCUCCCUGCUGCUCACUUCUUAUUGUCCCUGUGAUGACAGGUUCCAAAUGGCCACCACUCUCUGGGUGAAGAGGUUUCC